UUUGUUUACCUGAUGAUGAUGAUAAAUAAGAGGCAGCUGAAAAACGUGUUUCUGCUCAGCAGCAUCGUUGGCCGGCGGUUCUUUAGCAGUUUAAUGGGCUCUGGCCCUCGUAUCACAGCAAUGUCGUACCUGGCGACUACUGGAAAUGGCGAUACAGUUGACACAACUGGGAGUCAACUUCCCUUGGACCUUGUCGCCAGAAUCGAUAAGGUGCCGCAGACGUCGGUAACUGAAGGCAAAGCGGAGGUGUUUUUCCCGAGUUCACAUGAUGUGUUUUACAAUCCUGUACAAGAAUUUAAUAGGGACAUGAGCAUUGCAGUCAUCCAAGAAUUCAUUGCCACCAGAAGGGAAGAGCUGGCCAAUGAGAAGACAGCUCAGAAUGUAGACCCGCAGGCAUAUAAAGUUAACAUCCUCGAGGCACUGGCAGCAUCUGGGCUGCGCUCUAUACGUUAUGCACUGGAGAUCAGCGGUGUUGGAAAGAUCCUGGCCAACGACUACUCCACACAGGCUGUGGAAAGCAUGAGGGCUAACAUUGAACAUAACAAGGUUGGCCACAUUGUUGUGCCAAACCGUGAUGAAGCAGCGCUGCUAAUGCAUAUGCACAAAACUAAUCGAUUUGACAUCAUCGACCUUGAUCCAUAUGGAAGCCCGGCUCCAUUUCUGGACGCAGCUGUGCAGGCUGUGCAAGACAAAGGACUGCUUUUGGUGACGUGCACAGACAUGGCCAUCCUGUGUGGGAACAGCAGUGAGACCUGCCGUGCAAAGUAUGGCGCUGUCUCACUCAAGACCAAAUGCUGCCAUGAAAUGGCACUGCGUAUAGUUCUGCAGAGCAUCGAAUCCCAUGCCAACCGCUACGGCCGUUACACCGUGCCACUCCUGGCCAUCAGUGUUGACUUUUAUGUCAGGGUGUUUGUGCGGGUGUAUACUGGGCCUGCCAUCGUCAAGCGCUCUACAAGCAAGCUCGGCCUGGUGUACCAGUGCAGUGGCUGUGAGACGUUUUCCCUCCAGCAAUUGGGGCGCUGUACAGAGAGGGAAAACAGGAGCUUCAAGUUCAGUCCAGCUGUCGGUCCACCCGUCGGUCUUACCUGCUCACAUUGUGGCCACAAGCACCAUAUUGGUGGACCUGUUUGGAUCAAUCCGCUGCAUAAUCUCAACUUCGUCCAGCAGCUGAUUCGCCGUGUCACUGCAAGUCCUGAGCUUUAUGGAACAUCCAAGAGGAUGCUGGGCAUCCUGCACAUGCUAGCCGAGGAGCUUGAGGUUCCCCUGUACUUUCUGCUGGACAGACUGGCAUCCACAUUGCGUGUCUCAACACCAAGCAUGCUUCACUUCAGGUCAGCACUGCUUAAUGCCGGCCACCGCGUGUCUUUGUCACACGCAUGCAAAAACUCAAUCAAGACAGACGCGCCUAUGGAUUUCGUGUGGGACAUCAUUCGAACUUGGAAACUGCAGAACCCAUCUAACAAGCCACUAGAACAAGGGUCACCUGGAGAAUACAUCAUGAGGACGAAGCCCAGUUCACCAGUGAAUUUUUCAAUCCAUCCCGAUGCCAAUCCUUCGUCACGGGAGCAGCAGCUGCUGAGGUACCAGGUGAAUCCCGAACCCUGCUGGGGCCCCAAGGCCAGGGCCAAGACCAGUUUAUGGGCAGACAAGGAAGUUGAGAAGAGCCGGAGGUUACAGGGGAAGCGCAAGUUGAAAGAGGCGUCAGCCGAUGAGACAUCCACGGCCAAAUUGCCAUCAGUGGCUGCAGGAGACCCCUCUGAUCAAGAAGAGCAAGAGAAGACCACAGAGUGCACUGAUGUCCUUGAAUCUGAAGAUAUACAGGAUGCAAGUAAAAGCUAGACCACAAUCUCUGGCUCUUGCAUCUUCUGGGGCCUUUUGUUGCAUAACUUUACUUGUAGAGGUAGCGACAAGCUGAUGAACUUUAUGUUGGCUUCUGCAUGGGCUUCCAACUUUUGGCAACUAUAUCCUGGUACACUGAGCCACUUUGUUGUGUGCUUUGCGCAUACAGGCAUUACAGUUGUAUCUGUAAACGUGUAGAGUUCGAGCAGAUACAUCUUCCCUGGUGCAGUGGGGUGUGGAACCUGUAUCUUUGCGAAAAAUUACCGCAGGUGAAGAAAUACUACCAAAUCUCAAUUGCUGCUGGUACAGUGUGUCUCUAAGUGCACAGAAAGAAAAGGGGAAGUUAUUAAUGCAAUUAACAUAUUUACAAUACUUAACACACUUUCAUUCAUAUGUGACAACAGUGCGCUUCGACUGAAGGGGGCCCUCUUUCCAGCCCCGGUGUAAUGUGACAUCCACCACCUGCAUGGUCACAGUGGACCUGCUCUCAUGCAAUAUGCUGGUGCCAUUCUUUUUUUACAUUGACAUUUUAACAUG